AUGGCGGCCACCGUCCCGCUGCGGGGCCCGAGGGGACCGUGGCGCGCGCUGCUCUGGCUGGCGCCGCUCUGCGUCCUGGCGGGCGGCGAGCACUCGCAGCCGCCCGCGCAGUCGCUGAGGGACCCGGGACCCACCCGCCCCGCCGCCGCCGCCGCCCCCCGGGGCCCAGAGAGCUCUGUACCGCCGCCCUACCUGAACAAGUGCCCCAGCAAUGGGCUGUGCAGCCGGCUUCCUGCUGACUGCAUGCAGUGUCGGAGCAACUACUCCUGUGUCUACGGGCAGCCUGUCUCCUUCGACUGUUCUGUGAAGCCCGAGGUCAUCUGCCUGGGUCCAGACCUCAGAGUCCAGAAGCACUUUGUCAUCAGCCUGACAUGCCGGUUCUGCUGGCAGCUGCCGGAGACUGACUACGAGUGCUCUGACUCCACCAGCUGCAUGGCCGUGGCCUGUCCGCGCCAGCGCUACCUGUCCAACUGCACCGUGCGCGACCACAUCCACUGCCUGGGUAACCGCACUUUCCCCAAAAUGCGCUAUUGCAACUGGACGGGCGGGUACAAGUGGACCACUGCCCUGGCACUGAGUGUCACCCUGGGCGGCUUCGGCGCUGACCGCUUCUACCUGGGCCAGUGGCGUGAGGGCCUGGGCAAGCUCUUCAGUUUCGGGGGCCUGGGCAUCUGGACACUGCUGGACGUGCUACUCAUUGGCGUGGGCUACGUGGGCCCCGCUGACGGUUCGCUCUACAUCUGACAGCUUGCUCUAACCCAGGCCCCAUGUGGGCACUGCCAGGGAGGCCAGAGAGUGCCUCCGUAUAUCCUGUACAGCAUCUGUACUCUGCCUGCCUUGAUAAAGGUAAAAUAAACACUGAGCUAUGGUGUCUAAAA